AGUCAAUGAGGUUCUGACAAGAAGUCCAACACACGCGUCGCUUCAAACAUGUCUUGUAAACAAGUAACACAUGUACUUUUUGAUAUGGACGGCUUGUUAUUGGAUACAGAGAGACUGUACACAGUCUCGUUUCAGGAAGUUUGUGACCGGUUCAAUAAGAAGUACACAUGGGAAGUGAAGUCCUCUGUGAUGGGCAAGAAGGCUCUGGAUGCUGCCAGAAUUAUCAGAGACAAACUAGAACUCCCGAUGACACCCGAGGAGCUCCUGGAGGAGAGCAGGGAAAUUCAGGAGAGAUUAUUCCCCACUGCCUCUCUGAUUCCAGGUAUAGAGAAGCUUGUCAAUCAUCUCCACAAGCAUGGCAUUCCUAUUGCUGUGGCCACAAGUUCAGCAGGCUUGACUUUUGAAAUGAAGACCAGCCGUCAUAAAGAGUUCUUCAGGCUCUUUUCUCACAUUGUACUUGGAGAUGAUCCAGAAGUCAUGAAUGGCAAGCCACAACCGGACAUCUUUUUGGUGUGUGCCAAGAGAUUCAGUCCCUCAGCAAACCCAGAACAGUGUCUGGUGUUUGAAGAUGCUCCAAAUGGGGUAAAGGCAGGCCUGGCAGCCGGGAUGCAGGUGGUGAUGAUCCCAGAUGAUAACCUGGACCGCAGCCUUACCCAGGAGGCCACCUUGGUACUCAGAAGCAUGGAAGAUUUUAGACCAGAGCUCUUUGGACUCCCAGCCUACCAAUGACAGUAAUAACCAGAGUGAUUAGAAUAUUGCUAUACUAUAUCUCGUGAGUUUAUGAAAUAUAAAAUCAAGCUGCAGCAAGGCUCAUGCAGUAAAAAAAAAAACAGAAGAAACUAGCUCUAUCUCUGUUAUCUGUGGAUUUCUCAUCCAGGUGCAAAAAAUAAUGUUUUUCUUGUCCUGGCAUCAUUGUUUCGGACAGUUACAAUGCUGAAUCUCAUUUCUGUCCGAAUGAUCACCCGAGUGACACCCAAACUAAAUUUGACUAUUCGGCUCAAUUAGGCUUAGUUAAACCAAAAAGCUGUAUUGACAUUUUGCAUUUGAACCAAUUACAGUGUGUAUUGUUUAAUUUUAUCCAAUUUAUAUUUGUGCCAUCUCAUGCAUUUGUGUUCUUUCUACAUGUGUCUAGGUGUAUACAUCUUUUAUUCGGUACAGCUUUCAACAUGUUCACAACUUUGCUGUCAUGGUUCGUAUUUACAGUAUGUGAUGGUUUAACAAUCCCGCUCAACCGUAUGUGAGUUCUAUUACCGUUACCUUUACUCCUAGGAGAGCUUUAAUAAAUUCCCAAUGAGAUUUUUGAGUUCCAACCACGUGGCAUAAUCCAAUAACGCGGAUCCGAGAACACAGUUUUCUUUCAUUUUAUGACCGUUUCCGCCUUCACAGAGCUGGAGUUAGCAUGUUCACUCUCCCCUCUUCAGUGCUCUCCAACUCCUCAGAGAACUCAAGCCCAUCUCCUUCAACCUUCCCCUCCGGUAGCAAGAAAAGUUUUUUUUCUGGCAUCCACUUCCUCUGUAUAUGCCAUGUCCUUUCAUCCUCAAAGAUGGGGUAUUCUGGGAAGCUUUUCUUUCUGUAGGAGUUUCCGUUCCAAGAAGGCCUUUUACAUGUCAUUUAAUUUAUUAAUUUACCAUGAACUAAUAAUUGUAUUGACAUUAACUAGCAUUAACAAAAAUUGUGAAUCACUAAUUUGUUGAUUUGAUUGUUUUGAAAAAAUAAUUAAUGAGACCCAUUAAGCAUCAUGAUUUUGACAAAGAACUUGAGUGCACUUGUGAGAACAUGUGUACGUGCUGUAUGUGAAUAGACUGUACCUCCAUUGAGAAACAUACUUGAAUGAAGAGUGAAGAAAACCUUUGUGAUUUUUCUAUUGUGUAAAUGUCUGGAUGAACAAAGUCUUGUUUUUAUCAUUGACCUCUCUGAUGUUAUACCAAAUGACUCAGGAGUGUUGGAGUAUGACAUUUACACUAAUAAAUAUGA